AUGCAGAAAAUACCACCUGCUUUCAUUAGGCAUUUUGAUGGAACCAUUCCUAAGGAUGCCAUGCUUAAAAAUCAUACUGGAAAGCAGUGGCUUGUCGAUUUGGAAGAAGUUGAAGGAGGCUUGACUAUGACAAACGGGUGGCAAGGCUUUGCAAGUGAAAACUUUUUAGAAUUUGGAGACUUCCUCAUUUUCAAAUAUGACGGGAAAUGUCUGUUUGAUGUGGAAAUAUUUGGUAGAAAUGGAUGCAACAAAGCGGCUUUAUCUUCCAGCGUGACCACCACUCUUGCAGUGAAUGAAAAAGAGAUAAAGGAGGUGGAAAAAUGCAAUGGGCCUACUCAAACUUGCAAGCAGAAGUAUUCAGUUAAAAACUUAGGUUUAGCUGAAGGUUGUCGAUAUAAACUAAGAAGAAAUAGAGGAACAAAUCUUGGGGAAGGCAAGGCACUUAACGCUGCAACAUAUGUGACACCAAAAGGUCCUUAUUUUGUCAGUAACAUCCAUCAGUCGAUGCGGUAUGCUGUGUAUGUUCCUAGAUCACUUCUGGCCUCAUAUGGAAUUAAAGUCAAGCCAGAGGUGGUGCUUCUUGAUCAAAAUGGGAAGAAAUGGCCAGUGAUGUCGAAGAAACCAAGCACUCACAGAAAAAGAGUCUGCACUGCCCCACAAGCUGGCGGUGCGUUACCUGUCAUCGGCCACAUGCACCUCUUGGGUGGCCAGCAACUCACCCACGAAACAUUAGGUGCCAUGGCUGACAACUAUGGACCUGUUUUUUCCAUAAGGCUAGGAUCACACAGGGCCUUGGUUUUAAAUAGUUGGGAAAUGGCCAAAGAGUGUUUCACUGUCCAUGAUAAAGUCUUCUCCACUAGACCAGUCAUUACUGCCUCAAAGCUUCUAGGCUAUAAUUAUGCGAUGUUCGGGUUCGCUCCUUAUGGAUCCUACUGGCGCGAGAUGCAUAGAAUUGCUACAAUUGAACUUCUGUCAAUCCACCGGAUUGAUAUGCUCAAACAUAUACGUGCUUCAGAGGUAAAGACUGCAGUAAGAGAAUUGUACAAGUCAUGGCUUAGCAAAGGUGGUGGAGAAACUGUGGUAUUGGCAGAUAUGAAACAGUGGUUCGGCGAUCUAACUCAUAAUAUUGCCCUGAGAAUGGUGGGAGGGAAAAGGUACUUCGGACCGAAUGCUGAUUGUGAGGAAGCAGAAGCACGAAGGUGUCAGAAAGUGAUGAGGGAUUUCGCUUACUCUGGAGUGUUUGUCGUGUCCGAUGCAAUACCAUUUCUUGGGUGGUUGGAUUUUCAAGGAUAUGAAAAAGCCAUGAAAAGAACUCCAAAAGAAUUGGACAUUCUAGUAGGAGGGUGGCUCGAGGAGCAUAAGCAGAAGAAACAUCUGGGUGGAGGGUUGAAACAAGAGCAGGAUUUCAUGGAUGUGAUGCUGAACAUCCUGGAAGACGCCAAGAUUACUAGUUUGGAUGCUGACACCAUCAACAAGGCUACUUGCUUGAAUUUAGUUUUGGCAGGGAGUGGCACAACCAUGGUCACUCUCACCUGGGCCCUAUCUUUGCUACUGAAUAAUCCACGCGUGCUAAAGAAGGCCCAAGAUGAGGUUGACAUCCACGUUGGAAAGGGUAGACCAUUGGAAGAAUCGGACAUCAGAAACCUGGUCUACCUUCGGGCCAUUGUCAAGAAAACACUGCGCUUAUACCCGCCUAGUCCAAUCAUUUUCCGGGCAUCAAUGGAAGAUUGCACUCUCUCAACUGGCUACCACAUUCCGGCAGGUACACGAUUAAUGGUAAAUACCUGGAAGAUUCAACGUGACGAGCGUGUGUGGCCAGACCCCGAUGUUCUUAAACCAGAGAGAUUUUUAACUAGCCAUAAGGAUAUGGAUUUUCGAGGCCAGACUUUUGAACUCAACCCUUUUGGCUCCGGAAGAAGGUCCUGCCCUGGGGUCUCACUAGCCCUCCAGGUGGUGCAUUCGGCACUGGCUAGUUUCUUGCAAAGUUUUGAAGUUCCUAAGCCAUCGAAACUCGAAGAUGUAGAUAUGACAGAAAGCACAGGAUACAAUCCGAAAGCAACCCCGCUUGAAGUUCUCUUUACUCCACGUCUUGAUUCCAAGCUCUAUGGUUUGGGCACAGAAUUAAUGUAGUAAUUAUCAGUAAGAAAAUGUAAGCUGCGGUGACUAGAGCGGUCAAGGUAAGGGCUUAUUACAAGGGUUCUACCCUGCUUGUUACUCUAGGCUUUCCUGAAUUGAUCAUUCCUAUAUACUUAUUGGUUUCCUAGUUGUCUAAAAUACAAACCGCAAUUAACUUCUUUACAACAACCGGUUAAGAAAAUGAAAGACAAACCACCGCUAAACAUUUUCAAAUUUCAAUGCACUUCCAACUUUGAAGGCGUGCUAGAAAGGUACUUCUGAUACACUCAAUCUCAUAUGGAAUAAUACAAGUUUAACUUUUGCAAGGUCACUUUCUAUAAUUAAAUCAACAUUUAAAUGCAAUAAAAGAUCACAGGCACAGUCUGGUACUGGAAUUAGUUCUCUUUUUGACUUUCUCUUUGCCCUUUUUGUGUCCAACACAAAAGUCUUU